AUCUCUUCCGAUCAAGUGUUGGAAAUCAUCCACAGCUCUCUACCUACCCUAUUCCAAGAGUUUUCAUUCGCCAACUUUGUCUCUUUGACAAAUUCAGUUGCAUUUCAUUUUAUCGAAAAAACCCACAAGGUAAAAACAAAAAUCAUGAAGCCGGCAGGAAUUCUUACCAACGUGUUCCUCGUCCUCGGUGCUCUGACGAUUGCCGGGGCAGCCACUCUACCAUUCCGCAGAACAUCAAUCUUCAGGGAUAGCGAGACCCCGCGACGCCACUACGAGGAAUUGAUAGCCAGCCGACAGAUUCGCAGCAAUGAUUUCGGUAAGCGAUAUCGAGUUUUGCGUUCAUUUUUCAUUGACUCAUUUGAGGUAACGGUUUCUUUCAUAGAUUUCGCAGCUGACGAUGAAAUCAAAACUUCUUCGACAGUGGAACCUGCUGGAACGUUACAAUUUCAUGUUAAACCACCUUCCCAGAUGACUGUUGCCAUGAACGAUCGUUUAGAGUUGCUUUGCGAUGUGUCUGGUUCACCACCUCCCGCUGUAUACUGGUUGAAGAACGGCAUGCCCAUACCUGAGUCUCCUUUCGACAGAGAAGAAGUUGAGGAAUCGACAAACAAAAUCCUGGAAAGUGAAUCGCUGCUGCCAACAAGAGGUUUGGCUUCGACAAAGUCCCGUUUAGUGAUCGACUGUGUUGAUGGAGAAGCCGAAGCAAUUUACACAUGCGUGGCUCAAUCAAUCAAAGAGAAAAUCGUAUCCAGCACUUACGUCCACAUAGAAGGUGAAGCCCCUUAUAACGAGACGACGUGCAUGCUCAGGCAUGAAACGUAUUCGUUACCUGCUACCGUCUUUAUGUGGUCUGGAACUUACAUCGACCUGGAAGGCAAAGGUGCGCUCUUGCUGUGUCGCGCGGUGGGCAAUCCAACUCCAAAAGUCUCGUGGUACAUAGAAGACGAAGAUCAACCCAUCACCACUGGAGCCCAAUACCAGGUCUUACCUAGCGGCGAUUUGAAAAUUCGCCAUCUUCGCUGGAGUGAACAUAUGGGUCUAUUCAAAUGCCGGGCAGAAAAUGAAUUUGGAAUGGACCAAUCGACCACAUUCGUUUAUCCAGUCGUGCAGGAGAGUUAAGUGAAUGUUUGAGAUCCUGUACGCGACGCAAGCGUUAGGAAAUGAAUCCUUCGCUUGCUUCUUUGGCCCAUUUUUUGGUUUUAAGUUCUCCAUAUCGGAAAUUUGAAUCAGCCCUUGUUUCCGACUCACAGCCCGCCUUCAAGUAGGACUAACGGACAUAUUUUGAGUUACCAGUUUCAGUUGUAAAAACACUCUUGUCGCAGAUACAUCACAAAACAUGUAUAACAUCCUGGUUUUACUGUACAUUCCCGUCUUUUUGUUCGAGACUCACCGUCUUGAACGCUCGUAAUUUAUAUUUAUUUUACACAUCUUCCCCUAUCCCUCCCCUCAGUCAACCGGAAGGUAGACUUCGACUCGCGUUAGUUUUUACAGUAUGUUUCUCAUAUUAUCGUUCUCAACUUAAAUAUGUAACUUGAUGUUGGCUUUGAAAUUGCAGAUAUAUAUGACAUACACUAAAUGUGUCCAAA